AUGGCGGACAGUCCGCCGAGACCGAGCCUGGAAGAGCACCAGAACUACUUUGGGAUCGACGAGAACCUGGGCCCCGUGGCCGUCAGCAUCCGGAGGGAGAAGGUGGAAGACACCAAGGAGAAAGAAGGGUCGCAGUUCAACUACCGAGUGGCGUUCCGGACGAGCGAGGAAGUCCUGGAGUACGUCAUCCCAGAGCUGAGCAUCCCAUGUCUGCGCCAGGCGUCGAGCUCACCCAAGGUCUCGGAGCAGCUGCUCAAGCUCGAUGAGCAAGGGCUGAGCUUUCAGCACAAGGUCGGGAUCCUUUAUUGCAAAGCCGGCCAGAACACAGAGGAAGAGAUGUACAACAAUGAGACAGCGGGACCGGCGUUCGAGGAAUUCCUUGAUCUCCUGGGCCAGAGAGUACGGCUGAAAGGAUUCACCAAAUACCGAGCUCAGCUAGAUAAUAAAGGGGACUCUACAGGAACCCAUUCCCUGUACACCACAUACAAAGACUACGAGCUCAUGUUCCACGUGUCCACCAUGCUGCCCCACAUGCCCAGCAACAGACAGCAGCUUCUGCGGAAACGGCAUAUAGGAAAUGACAUCGUGACCAUUGUCUUCCAAGAGCCUGGAGCACUUCCUUUUACUCCCAAAAACAUCCGGUCCCACUUCCAACACGUCUUUGUCAUCGUCAAAGUGCAUAAUCCCUGCACCGAAAACGUGUGUUACAGUGUCGGAGUUUCUAGAUCAAAAGAUGUGCCACCGUUUGGUCCACCAAUUCCCAAAGGCGUAACUUUCCCAAAGUCAGCGGUGUUUCGGGACUUCCUUUUAGCCAAAGUAAUCAAUGCAGAAAACGCAGCCCACAAAUCGGAGAAGUUCCGAGCGAUGGCCACCCGGACAAGGCAAGAGUACUUGAAGGAUCUGGCGGAGAACUUUGUCACAACCGCCACUGUGGACACCUCUGUGAAGUUCAGCUUCAUCACACUGGGUGCCAAGAAAAAGGAGAAAGUCAAGCCGAGGAAGGACGCCCAUCUGUUCAGUGUGGGGGCCAUCAUGUGGCACGUGGUGGCACGGGACUUCGGCCAGUCGGCUGACAUUGAAUGUCUGCUUGGGAUUUCCAACGAGUUCAUCAUGCUGAUUGAAAAGGACUCCAAGAACGUGGUCUUUAACUGUUCCUGCAGGGACGUCAUUGGGUGGACCUCUGGACUAAUGAGCAUCAAAGUGUUUUACGAAAGAGGAGAGUGCAUCCUUCUGUCCUCGGUGGAUAACUGUGCUGAAGACAUAAGGGAAAUUGUCCAGCGAUUAGGAAUAGUGACCAGAGGCUGCGAGACCGUGGAAAUGACCCUGCGGAGAAACGGGCUGGGCCAGCUUGGCUUCCACGUGAAUUUUGAGGGAAUUGUUGCGGACGUGGAGCCUUUUGGCUUUGCCUGGAAGGCUGGCCUACGCCAGGGGAGCCGGCUUGUGGAGAUCUGCAAAGUGGCUGUGGCCACGCUCACCCACGAGCAGAUGAUCGACUUGCUGCGCACGUCUGUGACGGUGAAGGUGGUCAUCAUCCAGCCCCACGACGACGGCUCGCCCCGCAGGGGCUGUUCGGAGCUCUGCCGGAUCCCCAUGGUGGAGUACAAACUGGACAGCGAAGGCACCCCCUGCGAGUACAAAACCCCCUUCCGGAGGGACACCACGUGGCACCGGGUGCCCACCCCAGCCCUGCAGCCCCUGUCCAGGGCCUCCCCCGUGCCCAGCACGCCUGACCGGCUGCAGUGCCAGCAGCUGCUCCAGCAGGCUCAGGCCGCCAUCCCUCGCAGCACCUCCUUCGACCGCAAGCUGCCCGACGGCACCAGUUCGCCCAGCAACCAGUCGUCCUCCAGCGACCCCGGGCCCGGCGGGAGUGGACCCUGGAGACCGCAAGUGGGAUGCGACGGGUGCCAGUCUCCCCUGCUGCUCGAGCACCAGGGCCCCGGCCCUUUGGAAUGUGAAGGAGCCAGAGAGCGGGAGGACACCAUGGAAGGAAGCAGACACCCCGAAACCAAAUGGCACGGUCCACCCGCCAAAGUCCUGAGUUCCUAUAAAGAAAGAGCCUUGCAGAAAGAUGGAAGCUGCAAAGACUCCCCCAGUAAGCUUUCUCAUAUCGGAGAUAAGAGCUGCUCCAGCCACUCCAGCAGCAACACACUGUCCAGCAGCGCCUCCAGCAGCAGUGACGACAAGCACUUUGGGUCUGGGGACCUGAUGGACGCGGAGCUGCUGGGGCUGACCUACAUGAAAGGGGCCUCCACUGACAGCGGCAUUGACACAGCCCCAUGCAUGCCCCCAGUGGCCCUGGGCCCCGGGCACCUGGCGGGCAGCAGGUCGGUGAUCCACAGCCGGGCCGAGCAGUGGGCGGACCCCGCUGACGUCUCCGGGCCUGAGGACGAGCAGGCGAAGAUGUUCGCGGUUCACAGCUACGCACCCGCCAUCUCCGCCAGCGGUGCUGCUGCCGGCAGCAUGGGCGACCUCAGCGAGAUCUCAUCCCAUUCCAGCGGCUCGCACCACUCAGGGAGCCCUUCACCUCACUGUUCUAAAACCGCUGGCUCUCUGGACACGUCCAAAGUCUACAUCAUGUCUCAGAGCAGCGGCCCACAGCUCCCUGGGUCCAUGUCCAAGGCCUACCACCGCCAAGGGGCAGUGAACAAAUACGUCAUCGGCUGGAAGAAGUCGGAAGGCAGCCCACCGCCCGAGGAGCCCGGAGUGACUGAAUGCCAGGGGCUGUACGGAGAGAUGGAUCUCAUGUCCACAGCAAGUCAACAUCAGACGGUGGUGGGAGACGCUAUCUCAGAAACUCAACACAUCCUGUCAAAAGAAGAUUUUGUGAAAUUGAUGCUUCCUGAUAGCCCAUUAGUGGAGGAGGGGAGAAGAAAGUUCUCCUUCUACGGGAACCUGUCCCCUCGCCGCUCGCUGUGCCGCACCCUCUCAGACGAGAGCAUCUGCAGCCAUCGCAGGGGCUCGUCCUUUGGCAGCUCCCGAAGUUCGGUGCUGGACCAGGCCCUGCCCGGCGACGUGCUGUUCAGCACCACGCCACCCUACCGCAGCGCGCGGCCCCCGCGCACCCACGCGCCCAGCCUGGGCAGCCUGCGAAGUGAGUUCUGGUUCUCCGACGGGUCCCUAUCAGACAAGUCCAAGUGCACAGACCCUGGCCUGAUGCCCCUCCCGGACGCGGGCACAGGCUUAGAUUGGUCCCACCUUGUGGAUGCCGCACGGGCGUUUGAAGGUCUUGACUCAGAUGAAGAACUGGGGCUGCUCUGCCACCACGCGUCCUAUCUAGACCAGAGAGUGGCCUCCUUCUGCACCCUGACAGACGUGCAGCACCGACAGGGCUUGGAAGGGGCCCAGGAGCUGCCACUGUGUGUCGAUCCAGGCAGUGACAAAGAUUUCCUGGACACAGCUGGGGAGCGGCCGCCAUCGACGCUGACUGGUAAAGUCAACCAGCUGGAGCUGAUCCUUCGGCAGCUGCAGACUGACCUUCGGAAGGAGAAGCAGGACAAGGCGGCCCUGCAGGCAGAGGUGUGUCACCUGCGACAGCACAACCAGCGUCUGCAGGAGGAGUCGCGGGCGGCAUCGGCGCAGCUGCGCAGGUUCACGGAGUGGUUCUUCAGCACCAUCGACAAGAAGCCGUAGCCCGUGUCCCCCGCCCGCGCGGACCGGGAGGCGCCUGGAGGCCCAGGAGCCAUGAAUGUGCGUGUGACUGUGCUUUCGGCCAGGCCCAGUGUCUGUGCUGUCCCACCCUGUCCAGCACCAUCGCCCCGCAGGAGGGAGCAUAAUGCUUUCUCGGCGGCCGGCCUGUGACAGCGAGAGGACGCCAACGUGGAGAUGAAUGUAACUCCGUGUGGAGAUUAAUGUAACGCUGGCGUCAGUUUCGACCUUCCCUUUGGACUCUAGGAAACGGUGCUCUGGCGUGGGCUUACCUCAGGCGGGAAGGCAGUCGGGUUUCUGUCCUAUGUAUCAGGUGACCUGUAGAGAUGUUAAAGCAAUUUCCCAUAGUUUGGGCUUUAGUAUUGUAAAAUAAACACAAAAACAAGUAAUCAGACAUAUACUUUAAUGUUAAAGGUGCUCUAUUUUUUUGGAUGUACAGUAGUUUCCUCUCCAUGGCCACAUUAUCAUAGCAAUAAGAGGGGGUGUCGCCAAUAGUCGGGAGAGCCGUGUCGGGGACGCUCAGAAGCACUGACGUGCUUAACACUCAUUCAAAUGCAGUAACUUUAGAGACUUAUUUAUUUGCAGGAGCAAAUGGUGCCUGAAUAUUAACAGUGUUCCGAUUUUUUUUUUUAAAGAUACAUAUGCCUUGUAAAUGGCUCAAUAGGAGUCACUUCAACCUUAGCUCACUUUUGUAUAGUUAACGCUGUGCUGAAAGAAACGUAAACCUGCUUAUCACUCGAACUCUCUCCUGUAUGCUGUGAGCCCACGGGUCAAGUGUACAAUGCCAAAUUAUCUUGUACAGAGGCUUUGAUGAAGUGUCUUGUAUUUAACACCCUUAUUUAAGCUUAUUUAACCUGAAAUUGUUAACUUUAUAAAUGAUGGUUUGGCCUGCACCCUGAGGAGGGAGGUGUAGGUGGCCCCGAGCUCAGAGGAGGCUGGGCUUUGCCCGGAUGACACGAGGACCAGGGCGGGAACUCUGACAACGGAUGCUGCUAGUGACAAGUUGUUUGUAUUGCUUUACCAUUUUUAACUGUUCGAUUUGAGAUGAACGUACACUUUGCUUUUUUAAUAAAUGUUUAAAAGAGUCCACAUACAUAAUGGUGUUGUCAGGUGAAUAUAGAUUUCUAUGAUC